AUGAACCAUCCAUAUCUACAGGCUAGUAGUCGAAAGUUUAUCAAUUAUUUUAAACAUUUCGACCAUAGUGACAAGGAUCAUAUCUCAGCACAUAUUGCAGAUAUAAACAAUCUUUGUUUUUUUUUAGAAAUACCCGAAAUAGGUUCAUGUACUGAUAUAACAUGUGAUAAUACAAUCAAAGAAUUGUAUGAAUGUCAUUGUUGUUUACUUGUUUGUUUGAAUCAUUUAACUGAACAUGUUGAAAUAACAAAACAAAAUAAACGACGAUUAGAUAGUGUUCAUAGUCAAUUAAAUAUAGUUAUAACGACGCUUACACUAAUUGUUGAGAAAAAACUGUUGACAAUUGGACGCGAACAAAAUUUGAUUGAACAAACAAAAAGAUUUCUUGAUGCACUAAAUAGUUCAAUUGAUGAAAUACAAAAUAUUUUUGAACAACUUAAUCAAGCCAUUAUGUCAGAUCGUUCAGAAAUGAUGGUGAAAAUCGAGCCACCAUCAUCAUCAGAAAUUAAAGAUUGUUCUUGUGCUUGCAAAUAUCAAUCACCAUUGAGAAAUACUCGUUCGAAAUCAAAAUCUCUUAUUUGUUUGGAUGCAGCAAUAGAUACAGGUAUCCAACUAUGA